UUGACCGACCUCACCGUCUGCCUGAAAUACCACACGCCGCUAGUUUUUUCCUUUGCUCUCUUCUCUUACGCCACCCGCUUGAAGGACAACGAAUUCCUGAUUUUCAAGCCAGAUCGGAACAAGUAUUCCGUUCAUCUGGGUGGAUCAGUGCUGAAUUUCACGGUUCCCCUAAGGCCGAUUCCAGCUUGGGAGCACGUCUGCGUCUCCUGGAACAGCUGGGAUGGGCUGGUCCAUUUUUGGCUCAACGGAAACCUUCUCCCCCGUGUGGGAAUGAAAAGGGGUUACAGGAUCAGCCCCGAGGCGUCCAUUAUUCUGGGGCAGGAGCAGGAUAACUUUGGAGGGGGCUUUGACGUCAAACAGUGCUUUGUGGGCGAGAUGACAGCGGUCAACAUGUGGUCCCGGGUGCUGACCACCGAUGAAGUCGAGUUUGUCAUGAAAGAGUAUUCCGUCCCUAACUAUCUGAUCGACUGGAGAUCGCUUAGUUACACCGUUCAGGAUUACGUGGUUGUUACGAAAACGAUGCCGUAGUUU